AUGAAUGAUCAGUCUUAUGACGAUUCCCAGAGCAUUUGUUCCUACGAACUGAGCGAUAGCGAGAGCUUGCUGGACUUCUUUUCAGGAGAGCCCGUCAGAAGCGCGCAGGAAGAGGAAGCUGAAGAUGCUCUUGAAGCACCCUGCAAGCUGUAUCAGCCACUUGAGGAGCACGAAAUCAGAGUCAUUGUACUGGAUCCGGCGACCAAGUUCGACGACCCAGUCCACUGUCGUUUCAAUACCACGUCCAUCCGGUGGCCAAUACCUUAUUCCGCCUUGUCCUACGCAUGGGGCGAGCUGCAGGAGGACGGAUCACACUUCACCCACACUAUCUGCUGCGAUGGGCUCCCGUUAAAGGUCACCAGAACGCUAUAUCAAGCGCUGUUGCGCAUACGCCACUCUCAGGACACUGCCAUAACGGCUCUAUGGAUAGAUGCAAUCUGCAUCAACCAGUCCGAUCCGGUGGAGCGUGCCGCCCAAGUCAUGAUCAUGGAUAAAGUAUACGGACACGCGAGUCACCUGCUGAUUUGGCUUGGCGACCACAUUAUGCCUUUCCGGUUCCUGUUCGAGCGCGAUCUGCGGGAUUCCGACCAGGCAACACGCGAUAAACCAUUCGGAGAUGUCGGCAUGUACGGCGCUGAGUUUAAAGACGCUCCUUGGUUCACCCGUCGCUGGGUGAUUCAGGAAGCAAUGUGCUGUCGGAACCCGCAAUCUAUCCUUGCCGGACUCAUGCAAUUCGCAGUCACCAACCUUGCCAACGUUCUGAUCGAUCCCACCAAGACUUUGACAAGUGGUACCGUGCAAUCUUCCGAGGUGCGUCAGCAACGCACGCUGUUCGAGAAUUUGGUCACAUUCGACAGGGCACUGUGCUCAGAUGAUCGCGAUAGAAUCUAUGCCCUCAGGAACAUAAGCGAAGACGGAAAUUUCGUGCCAGUCGAUUACUCGCAUAAUGCCAAGGAGCUGUACACAUCUCUGGCACGUCAAUGGACCACCGCGGGAUUCGAAACUCAGGUGCUGAUCGCUGCAGUGGGCUCUACUGGCACUGGCCGGCGUCAUAGAAGUCAGCCGUUACCCUCGUGGGUACCGGAUUGGGGCCAUGAGGUCGGAAGGCCACACAAGCUGUCCAUCAAAGCGCUUGAUCCUCCAUCACUUACCAAACUUUCCCGUGGUGUAACAAACCCAGGCUCCACAUACGUCACAAAAGACUUAUGGUUAUGUUUGCGGGUGCCUGGUUGGGUUGUACCUUUGGGCAGUCGUAAAGUACCCGAGCAACCGAGCGGGUCGACAUAUCAGUAUCAAGAGUCUUCAGCUGGCGAAAACUGGAGCACUAAAAUUCACGAAGGGUUCGGUCUAUAUGGUCGACAGGUUUCAUUCACGGGCCUCUAUACGAUGAAAACUGGACUUUACAUGGCCGGGCAAUUUGUGAAGGACAAGGAACUCCUUUAG